AUGGCCGCCGACAACCAAGUCAAGCCAUUGCGUGACACCCUCACAAACGAGUCUGCGGCCCUCGCAGCCCGCUUCCGCGCGCUCUUCUCCCUCAAGCACCUCGCCUCUCAACAGCCUGCCACAUCACAAACGAUCCCCGCAAUCGAGGCCAUUGCUGCAGCUUUCACGUCGCCCUCUGCACUCUUGAAGCAUGAGCUCGCGUACUGUCUUGGCCAAUCAGGCAAUGAAGCGGCGAUACCACAUUUGAGGGCGGUGAUAGAGGACAGGCAGGAGGAUGCAAUGUGCAGACAUGAAGCAGCGGAGGCACUCGGUGCGCUCGGUGAUAGUGGAAGCUUGGGCUUGCUCAAGGAGCGAUGGCAGGACAAGGACGAAGAAGAGGUGGUAAGAGAGACUUGUGAGAUCGCCGUCGCGAGGAUCGAGUGGGCGAAUUCGAAGGGAAGGACAGUUGAGGAGUUGAAGCAAAGCGAUUUUGCGUCGAUAGACCCCGCGCCACCUCUUCCGCUACAGCAGUCGCAGCCAUCGAUACCCGACCUCCAACAGACGCUUCUCGACACCUCGCUCAAGCUCUUCCAGCGCUACCGAGCCAUGUUCGCGCUCCGCGACCUCGCCUCCCCACCUGAUCUUCCGACCGCCAAACCAGCCAUCCUGGCGCUUGCACAAGGCUUCAAGGACCCUUCGGCGCUCUUCCGGCAUGAAAUUGCAUUUGUGUUCGGCCAGCUCUCACACCCGGCUUCGAUACCCAGUCUAGUGGAGACACUCAGCGACACGAAGGAAGCAAGUAUGGUUCGCCAUGAGGCCGCGGAGGCGCUCGGUAGCCUCGGCGAGGAGGAGGGUGUUGAAGACGUGCUGAAGAAAUUUCUCAACGACCCGGAGCAAGUCGUUCGGGAGAGCAUUGUCGUUGCGCUGGAUAUGGCCGACUUCGAGCGCAGUGGUGGGAUGGAAGGGUUUGGAGUGGGUGACGACGACCUUGGAGGAGGUGUCUUUGUUGGAUGUGCCGCAGAUGUCGCAGAGGAGGUGGGCGGCGCGGCCAGUGUUGGGUUCGAGGAGGUUGCCGCAGGCGGUGCAGAAGACGAGGGAGCCGAUUGCUGCCAUUUCGUUGGCCUCGUGAUCGCGAUCUGGAAGAUCAAGUGA